CUUCUGGGUUGCUGGCAGCUCGGAAGGAGUCGUGAGUUGUCCUCCUGUGUAAGCGAAGGAGUCCCGUUUCUUCUCAGCACUCUGGGAAAGCUUUGGGCGGCAUUUCAACGGAGUCUGACAGUUGAUGAUGGAAACAUAAAAAGUAAAGAAGAAGAGUUAUUGCUUCAAAUAAUCAUCAAAGCGAGGCAGGGGAGCAAUAAUGAAAAAUAUGAAUCAAGACAUGGAUGUAUCAGUCUAAGAACAGUACAGAGACAGAAACAUGAAUAGAUUGCAAGACAACCAAGAGCAGAUGAUACCAUGAAGAGAAGUUUACAGGCCCUCUAUUGCCAAGUGCUUAAAUGGGAGGACGAUCAGCCAUUUGCGGAUCUCACAGUUCCCACAGAGCACCAAUUGACAGACUCAGAAUGUUUGAGGGUAUAUGAAGAAUGGGAGGACGAUCAGCCAUUCGCGGAUUUCACAAUCCCCACAGAGCACCAAGGGGCCCAGCAUGACAUGAGCCCUCAGCCUUCCACAAGCCACACAACACGAAUGCUGUUAGGAGGUGUUCUAUUGAUCUUGGUGCUAACAGAAGAAUUAGUGUUUGCUGUUCAGGUACUAACUCCCAAGCUUGUGUCAUCUCAGAGCCUCCUGAUGGACAAUAUUAGUAUUUUAGCUAUGGAGACAACUCCAGGAGUUGGAGGCCAUCACACAACCAAAUCUUUACCCACAACAACUCUUGCAAAUGCUGAUUCCAGUAGUUUAGCAGAGACUUCUGUUCCUUCUGUUGGCCAGAAGAAAUUAAGCAGCAGCCAUUUUGUUGGCAACACAGAAUCUUAUCAUUUAUACAACCAGAGUGCUUUGUUGUCCAGGAAAUCACUUAAUAAACAAAAAAUCUUUCUGGGUGCCCAAGGCAAUUUCAUAGCAUUUACACAACCUUAUCUAAAGACAGAAUUGUAUUCUUCUGCUACCACAGAAAAUUGGCCCCCAGAAUAUCCAUUUCAGACCCAGCCUCCAGUUCAUACCAGUCAUCAAAAUACUUUACAGGGAACCACAACAGACUCAAGUGAUUCUAUUCAUACCUUGGAAGGCCUUAAUGAAACAGAGAAGGGGAGGUCAUCAGAACUGAUUACACAGGAGAUUAGUCUCAUUACCCCAACAAUUGGUCCAUCAACUGUUACUGAAAUGGUGACUGUGCCUUUUAAACCCACACGUUAUGACAUACUGGAUAUACUGGGAAAAAACAACUCAUGGAUAAAUUCAAGUCAGAGUACAAAUCAAGUACCCAUUUUUUCUGGUCCUGGGACAACAACAACAGAAGUAGACUUUGGACACCCUGGUCAAAAUGAUGUUGAUGCCAGUCUUUCCUCCUUAUAUACAACAGGAGGCUCUACUGAGGAACCAGCUACCACACUGCAUCCCUCUAGACAUAAUGCUACCUUGCCAAGCAGUACAUUGUCUAUGGAAUCCUCAACGUGGCUGCCAAGUUCCACUUCAACAGCAACAGAGAAUUUCCUAAACAGACUGGUACCUGCUGGUACCAGAAAGCCUGAUGUCCCAGGAAAUGUUUCUCAUGUCACAGAAAGAGACAAGUCCCAGUACAGAGCAACUAUUUGUCUCAGCAAAGUGGAUAUAGCAUGGAUCAUCUUAGCUAUCAGUGUACCUGUAUCCUCAUGCUAAGUUCUCAAGCCUCAUAUAGAAGAUCUACAACAUUUCUAGGUAGAACUGGAAGACAUUAUUUGAAUCUCUGGGAACCUCUGAGCCACUAAGGUUCAGUAUAGUUAAUACUGAGCUAGAUGAAUCAAUUUACUUUAUUAUAUGGCAGUUUCUUUAAUGGUGGUAAGUUGUAUUAAAAAGUUCCUCAGGUAAUACCAAGACUAUCCUUCAGUGUAAGUGAUUGUAUUAAAAUAUAUCCAUAUUAUUACUACUUUAGGUUUUUUUAAAAUCACAUCUUGGUUGUGUGCAAAUAAAAUUAUAUGCUAGGCUGUUUAACUUUGUGCUGUCUUCUUGGAGUUACCACUUUUUCAUAUCAAUAGUCAUUAAUACUCAGUUACCAUUUCAUGAAAAACAUGGCAUGUAAUGAGCAGGUUAUGGAUACUGUCACUGACAAUUUGCUUUUGGAAGAAUGCAUUAUGAAAUUUCCAUACUAAAAAUCUAUAAAUUAUAUGUUGGUUAAAAUAUUUUUUUUUAAAAAAAUCAAAACCUCUGUGUAGUGGGUGAGAAUUGAAACUGGAAUUAUUGGAACAGUAUAAAAUGUAUAUGCCUCAUUUCACUGAUUAGUUGUUUCAAAUCAAAUAAAUGACCUUUUCCAGAAAACCAUCCAUAUGUCUUUUGCAACUAAGUUCUGAAUAGGUCUGAUUUGAAUUUAAUUUCUUGUUUGUUUUUUUAUAAGAAAGGGGCUCAAAGUAAUCAUUUAAGAAAAAUUAAUUUAAAAAGACAAAUCAAGAUAAAACAUAAAGCAACAGUUAGUAAUCAUUAUUGAAAUAGUGAAUUUAUUAUUAUGGUGGAUCAUUAUAAUAAAUUUAUUAUAAUGGUGGACCAGUAGUGAAUUUAUUAUAAUGGUGGAUCAUGCUCCUAAAGGAUUGUCAUUAAACCAGUAAUAAAUUUUGAUCAAAUUUCAGAGGUUCCUCAAAUAUUUUCUAUCAAUGUGCACAUAGAAUAAUAUGUAUUUACUAGAAUAAUAUAUAUGUGUUACUUGUUUAUAGAUGUCAACUAUCAUUUCUAUUCAAAGAAAUCUAUUACAUGCCAGCUGGAUGCUAUAUGAAUUUAAAACCAUCUUUUUUCUCAGUCAUAGUGCCAUCUGGUGGAUGCAGAAUGUAUAAAUGCAGAACAUAUUGGGAUAUGCGUCGUUUCUCCUUCAGAGCACAGCUAUUCCUGAAGCUUAGAUGUGAAAAACAUUUCAUACUGCAUAUUUAUUUCAAUAAAAAUCACCUAUAUCAGCAGAUUUCAGAGUGGAAGACAAUCAACAAAAAAUAUUGCCCAAAACUAUAUUGAUACUAGCUUGGCUUUAGAAAAAAGACAUUCCAUCAGUGGAGUGCUAUUUAAAAAAAAAAAUCCUCCUCACAUCCCCAAACACCACUUUUACUUCCGGGGCACAGAAAAGAAGCAUUCCUACACAUCAAGUUCUUUCCAAGAAUCUAGGGCAUCAUAAUUUAUUACUGUAGUAGUGUAUGUGUGAAUCCAAGCAGUGUGGCUUUUUUGCAAUUGACAGAUGAAAAUUUUGUUAAUGUGCAGGUUUUCUAACUGCUGUCCAGGAUUUUUUGGUAUGGCACUCAGUGUGCCAAUCCAUUUUAAUAUAAUUAUUAUAUAAUUAUAUCAAUAAUAAUCAUACAAACAAAAAUCAGUAACAGAAUAACCACAACUCAGUUCAAUAAAAUUAACUCAGAUCCUGGUAAAUACAUAUUAAGCUUCAAGGUUAACAAUACAGUAACAUCAAUGAACUGCUUCACUUAAGAUUCAUUCAUGGCAUCAAGGAAGAAUAAUACUACAAAACAGGCAUUAUCCCAGCAUAUUUUUCCCCUUACUGCUUUUUUGUAAUCUUUGAAGAUAAAAUGAAUGUAUUGCAUAUCAGUUAUGACCACAAAAAAGCAAUUUUUCUUAUAAUAUCAUAUGAAGAACCCACUUAAUCUGAUAGACGAACAAAUUGCUUUAUUUUCUUGAAAAUUUGAUUUUUGGGGAGGAGUUGCUGCUAGUACCCUUUGAUUCACUGCCAAUCACCUGACAAUCCUGUUGCAUAUUAAGAUAACUGCUGCCACCUUCAGGAUACAAAGGAGAGAUAGGUAGAAAUCAUCCAGCAGCCACUAGAAUGAGACUGCUAAAAUCACAACAUUGUUCCCCCUCAAACGUCUCACAACAGAUAUGUAAAAUUAUUUAUAAUGGAUAAGCUAAAAAUUUAUAUGUCUGUUCAAGGAUAUGCAAUAUGAACUUGAACUUCUCAAAUGGUUUGAAGAUUCAGUUUGGUGCCACUGUUAAGGUUGGGUAGGAGGAUAAAUCUUCAUAAUACUCCAUUUCCUAAUAGUAUAGUGCAGAGGUAGGCAACCUUGGCUCUUUUAUGACUCGUGGACUUCAACUUCCAGAAUUCCUGAGCCAGCCAUGCUGGCUCAGGAAUUCUGGGAGCUGAAGUCCACGAGUCAUAAAAGAGCCAAGGUUGCCUACCCCUGGUAUAGUGGAACUAGGGAAAUUAGCUGUUUCCAGCAAUUUGUCUUUGAAGUUUUCAAAUUUUCCAGCCAUGUUAUGAGAGCAGGAUCACCUGUAAGCCAUCUUGAACUCUUGGAAAAAUUAUGGAAUAUAAAUUGGAAAGGAAAUUGGUUUCCUCUUAACUGGCUUUUGCAGAAACAGCUGCAGCCUUCCAUGUUUCAACAGUGUUUUUUGAUGAAGAAUUAUCCAGUAUUUUGGUCCAGGGGCUUUUUGUGAUCUACAUAUGCAUCAAUAACCAAAUGUAGAUGUGUGUCUUAACAAACAUGAAAGAGAGCUUCAAUAAUUCUUUCAGAAAGUUGUUUCUUAUAAAAGAUGUUGUUAUCUUAAUUCAUAUUCCUCUUCUUCCUAGCCUAAUCACUGCCUCAUAGACUGUAUGAAUGCCUUGCUUUAUCAAAUCUGGUAUUUUGUUUCAGAGGGUGCCAUCUAAUUUGUUUUCAGUUGCAGGAGGAUAGAUUUUAGUUGAAUAUUACAGGAAGCAUCUAAUUGGUAAGAGUUAAUGAAAUCAGUGCUCUGGAGAAGAAAUCCUUCCUCUUCCUAUAAAUAUCUUUAAAUGGAGACUACAAUAUCAUUUUGGAGAUUUACUAUAAUAACUAGUGGUUUUUUGUAAAAAAAAAAAAAAA